GCGGCGCGUGCGGACUGGGUGUGGGUUCUGCGGCCGCCUCUCCCUUCUCUCGUGCCCAGCAUCUCUCCUCCCAUCGUACCGACAGCCGGGGACCGCCGCGGGGCGGGGGAUGCCGGGCUGCCGCAUCAGCGCCUGUGGCCCAGGGGCCCAGGAAGGGACGGCAGAACCGGGGUCCCCCCCACCGCCACCCCGGGAGCCCCUGCCGUCCCUCCAGCCCCCGCCUCCAUCGCCGACCUCGACCCCGACACCCACUCAGUCACCGCCCUUGCCCGAGGCGGCGGAGACACCCGCAGAGGGGCAGGAGCUGCAGCGCUGGCGCCAGGGUGCUAGUGGGGGUCCCGGCGGCGCGGGCCCGGCGGGAGGCUCGGGCGGGGGUGCGGGUGCGGCGGCAGGGGCGGGGGGCCGCGCGCUGGAGCUGGCCGAAGCGCGGCGGCGACUGCUGGAAGUGGAGGGCCGCCGGCGCCUGGUGUCGGAGCUGGAGAGCCGGGUGCUGCAGCUGCACCGAGUCUUCUUGGCUGCCGAGCUGCGCCUGGCGCACCGCGCCGAGAGCCUGAGUCGCCUGAGCGGCGGCGUGGCCCAGGCCGAGCUCUACCUGGCGGCGCACGGGUCGCGUCUCAAGAAGGGUGCGCGCCGCGGCCGCCGGGGUCGUCCUCCCGCGCUGCUAGCCUCGGCGCUGGGCCUGGGGAGCUGCGUACCCUGGGGUGCCGGGCGGCUGCGGCGCGGCCACUGCCCCGAGCCCGACUCGCCCUUCCGCCGCAGCCCGCCCCGCGGCCCCGCCUCCCCGCAGCGCUGACCUCAGAACCCGCGACCCCUGGGCUCCGGAGACACGCGGAAGGACAAACGGACGGACGGGUCCGAGUGCUGGCUAGAUGGACGGCGUCAUCUCUGCGGAGGAGACAGGCAGGGGCCCGGGGGCCCUGAAAAUGAGACUAAGCUCCUUGGAGCCUCCACUUUAUGGGUCUGGACUUCUGCAUUCCACGCCUCUGGAUACCGCCCUCAGGAAGACUUCCAGGAUUGACUGUACCCGGUCUCAGCACCCUCCUCCCAGGAGCCCUUCCAGUGGCAAGGGCCUGGGGCCUGGGAACUUGCUCUACUCUGAAUUGUUGCUUUCCAUACACUGCGUUUAACUUUGCUUAUGCAGGGACCUGAGAUGCUGUCAAUUAGCAGAGUGCAGCAAACAUGGCCAGUGUGACCACGAGAAGGCUUUCCUUUAAAGAUAGACUCCUCAUUCUUAAACUGCAGGUCACAGUGUAGCUGGAGCCCCCGUCACUGCAGGUCACAGUGUAGCUGGAGCCCCCGUCACUGCAGGUCACAGUGUAGCUGGAGCCCCCGUCACUGCAGGUCACAGUGUAGCUGGAGUCCCUAUUGUCACUUCUAUGUCCAGUAGCUCCAGGAGGCCUAUUUGAGGCAAAUCAUGGUGUAGAAAACGCCCAUUUUCCUUCAGCCACUGUCCUUGUCCUCCCCACGUGAGUGAGGACAUCCCUGUGGCUCCUUGCAGACAAUCAGCUGCUGCCUCCUAGGGGGACACCUCUUUCUUAGGAUGAGGUGGUGGCAACAUCAAACUUCCGAGCAAAGUUCAAUGCACAGGGGAAAUCCAUUUCUUUACGACAAGGGAAGGAGGCACAUGUACUCACACACCGGCUGGAACUUAGAGGCUUCUGUAUAUCAACUCGGUCCCCAACUAUAUACACACGGGAAGAAUAAAACUCAGUAAUGCGAG